GUGCGCGUUGGUGUUCUUGCUGACAUGUCCGGACGCGGCAAGCAGGGCGGCAAGGCGCGCGCCAAGGCCAAGACGCGCUCCUCGCGGGCCGGGCUGCAGUUCCCCGUGGGCCGCGUGCACCGCCUGCUGCGCAAGGGCAACUACGCGGAGCGCGUGGGCGCCGGCGCGCCGGUGUACCUGGCCGCGGUGCUGGAGUACCUGACGGCCGAGAUCCUGGAGCUGGCGGGCAACGCGGCGCGCGACAACAAGAAGACGCGCAUCAUCCCGCGCCACCUGCAGCUGGCCAUCCGCAACGACGAGGAGCUCAACAAGCUGCUGGGCAAGGUGACCAUCGCGCAGGGCGGCGUCCUGCCCAACAUCCAGGCCGUGCUGCUGCCCAAGAAGGCCGAGAGCCACCACAAGGCCAAGGGCAAAUAGAAACCUUCACUUUCGUAGUUCAAAGCUUUGCAUACAAACAAAAGGCUCUUUUCAGAGCCACCUACGGUAUCCUUGAAGAGCUGAGCAAAUGCAGAUUUUACUUUAGUUGCUUAGGAAAUGAGAGAUGGUCUCGUGGUUUUCUUUUCGGUCUGUGUGAUUAAUCAUCAGUAAUGUAAGAGGUAAUGUACUUCGUUGCUUGUGAUAGUGUAUGGUUUGGUUAAUUUUGGGUUUCUUGAUUUACGGAUAACAGGGCAUCAAACAUAUCUUUCUUAGGUCCCAGGUCCAAGUUGUGAUAGCUUUGAGGCAUUGUUCUCCCAAGUCUCGGCCCAAGAGUUAAAUAAAGCCUUGAGAUUUCUGCUGAAUCGUUAAUGUCACAUCAGUAUAAAUCUUGCUGCCAUUACUAAUUAAGAUCUUUUAACGAUCACCCUUUUUACUGGGGAACCUAUGGUGUUUG